AUGGAGGACAUUACUACAGGGAAAGAUCUGAUCCAUAUUAAUGCUACAGACAUAAAGGAAGAAGAAGAGACUGAUGUGAGCGGUAAUGAGCAGUAUAAGGAGGACAUUCCUGCAGGGAAAAAUCUGAUCAAUAUUAAUGCUACAGACAUAAAGGAAGAGGAAAAGACAGAUGUGAGCAGUGAAGAGCAGUAUAAGGACAACAUUCCUACAGGGAAAGAGCUAAACAAUAUUAAUGCUACAGACAUAAAGGAAGAAGAAGAGACAGAUGUGAGUGAUGAUGAGCAGUAUAAGGAGGACAUUCUGACAGGAAAAGAUCUGGAUAAUAUUAAUGCUACUGAUAUGAAGGAAGAAGAGACAGAUGUGAGCGGUGAUGAGCAGUAUAAGGAGGACAUUCCUACAAGUAACCACCCAUAUUCUUGUAGCAGGAGAUCAGAGGAGAAUCUUAUAUCUUCAGAUUAUAAAGCAGAUGAUGAUAUCACACAAGAUACAUAUGAAGAACAUUCCAUUAUCCCAGAUACACCCUCAGCCCUUCACAGCCAAGAUCUGUCAUCUCAUCCUUAUAUACAGGUCCUGUCUUCUCAGUCAUCACAGGAUGUUCAGCAAAAUAAAGGUCACAGAAGGGGUGUUGGACAUCAACGAGCUCAUACAGAAAAGAAACCAUAUUCAUGCUCAGAAUGUGGGAAAUGUUUUCCUUUUAAAUCACGUCUUGUUGUACAUCAAAGAAAUCACACAGGAGAGAAGCCAUUUUCAUGCUCAGAAUGUGGGAAAUGUUUUCAUUUUAAAUCCGGUCUUGUUGUACAUCAAAGAACUCACACAGGGGAGAAGCCAUUUUCAUGCUCAGAAUGUGGAAAAUGUUUUACUCGGAAAUCACAUCUUAUUCAACAUCAAAGAACUCACACAGGAGAGAAGCCAUUUUCAUGUUCAGAAUGUGGGAAAUGUUUUACUUUAAAAUCAAAUCUUGUUCAACAUCAAAGCGCUCACACAGGAGACAAGCCAUUUUCAUGUUCAGAAUGUGGGAAAUGUUUUACUCUGAAACCAAAUUUUAUUAAACAUCAAAGAACUCACAGAGAAGAGAAGCCGUUUUCAUGCUCAGAAUGUGGGAAAUGUUUUACUGUAAAAUCAAGUCUUGUUAUACAUCAAAGAACUCACACAGGAGAGAAGCCAUUUUCAUGUUCAGAAUGUGGGAAAUGUUUUACUGUAAAAUCAAGUCUUGUUCAACAUCAAAGAGCUCACACAGGAGACAAGCCAUUUUCAUGUUCAGAAUAUGGGAAAUGUUUUACUGUAAAAUCAAGUUUGGUUCAACAUCAAAGAACUCACACAGGAGAUAAGCCAUAUUCAUGUUCAAAAUGUGGGAAAUGUUUUACUUUUAAAUCCAGUCUUGUUGUACAUCAAAAAACUCACACAGGAGACAAGCCAUUUUCAUGUUCAGAAUGUGGGAAAUGUUUUACUCUGAAACCAAAUCUUAUUCAACAUCAAAAAACUCACACAGAAGAGAAGCAAUUUUCAUGCUUAGAAUGUGGGAAAUGUUUUACUCAGCAAUCGCAUCUUAUUCGACAUCAAAGAACUCACACAGGAGAGAAGCCAAUUCAGAGCAGUAAAUGAUGCAGAUAACACAUCUAUAUAUUAUCCAUGUACAUAGG